AUGAACUUCGCGCGGCUGGGCGCUGAGGUCAUUAAGGUCGAGCUGCCCGGCAAGGGCGACCCCGGUGCGCGGCAACGGGCCUUUCAUCGGACCGGAAGGCAAGCACCCGCAGCAGCAGACGCCCGACGACAUAUCGACGCGCUUCCUGAAGCGCAACCAAGGUGUGAAGAGCGUUACCCUGAACCUCAAGCAUCCGCAGGGACGCAAGAUGUUCCUCGACCUUGCGAAGUCGUCCGAUGUGAUGCUGGAGAACCUCGCGCCCGGCUCGCUGACGCGCAUGGGCCUGGGCUACAAGGAUGUUUCCGCCGUCAAUCCCGUAAAUCAUCUACUGCUCCAUAUCAGGCUACGGGCAGACCGGGCGAGUACGCUGACAGGCCCGCGCACGACCCGCAGAUUCAGGGCAUGAGCGGCUUGAUGGAGAUAAACGGACAUCCCGACGGUCCCCCAACCCGUGUCGGUUUCUACAUCGGCGACCUCGUAACUCCGCUGUUCGCCUGCUACGCGAUCACGGCUGCGCUCCGCGAAAAGGAGCGCACCGGCAAGGGGCAGUACCUCGAUGUGUCGAUGAUGGACACGCUGACCUCCAUCAUGCUGAUGGACACGCUGGAAGACGAUGUCGAGAUGGGCUUGCCGCUGCGUAUGGGCAACACCACGCGCGGCGGUCCCACGGGACUGUACCGCACCAGCGACGGCGAGCUGACCAUCACGGCGGCGAGCGACGACCAGUGGAGGCGUCUCGCCAACGCGCUCGACUCGCCCGAACUCGCCGAAGACCCGCGCUUCGCGGAGUUCCACAGCCGCACGGCGAAUGUGGUGGAGGCGCGCGAGGAGAUACAGAAGCGCGUGGAGAAGCUCACACGCGCUGAGGCGUUGGAACGCUUCGAGGCUGCGGAUGUGCCGUGCGGCGCGGUUCGCACGCACGGCAAGAUGGACGACCCCGUGCCGGGCAUAGUCGCGGGCUUCCCUGUCAUAUUCUCCGGCGGCGAAUUGCCCGAACCCUACGGCGCGCCCACGCUCGGCAUGCACAACGAGGAGAUAUACGGCGGCGUGCUGAAUCUGUCGGAUGAUGAGAUCGCGGGGCUAAAGGAAGAGGGUGUGAUAUAG